UACAUUGUGGAAGUCUCCAGCCUUUUGCUACUUGCUUCUAGGUUACGCACCAAUACACAUCGCAUUUACUCACACAUUACCUCUAGUUUGACUGUCGUUAAUCGCCAAGCUCGUCAAGAUGGUGCACCUCUCAACAAUUCCGACCAACGACGAGGUGGAGAAGCUUGCCAACGGCGUCAAAAAGGUUCACCUUCAGCUCGCCAACGAUGAUGACAGCUUCACCACCAGCGUCUACGGCUCCAAGUUUGCCGCUCAGGAUCUCCCUCGGCACGAGAUGCCCGAGGGCGAGAUGCCCAAGGAGGUGGCCUACCGCAUGAUCAAGGACGAGCUGAGCCUGGAUGGGAAUCCCAUCCUGAACCUGGCUUCCUUUGUCACCACGUACAUGGAGGAGGAGGCCGAGAAGCUGAUGGCUGAGUCCUUCUCCAAGAAUUUCAUCGACUACGAGGAGUACCCGCAGUCGGCCGACAUCCAGAACCGGUGUGUCUCCAUGAUAGGUCGCUUGUUCAGCGCUCCUGUUGGGCCUGGCGAGACGAUCGGUGCCGUGGGCACGUCCUGCGUCGGCAGCUCCGAGGCCAUCAUGCUCGCCGUGCUGGCCAUGAAGAAGCGCUGGAAGAACAAGCGGAUGGCCGAGGGCAAGCCCUGCGACAGGCCCAACAUCGUCAUGUCGUCGGCCGUCCAGGUCUGCUGGGAGAAGGCGACCCGCUACUUCGAGAUCGAGGAGAAGCUGGUCUACUGCACCGAAGACCGCUACGUCGUUGACCCGGAGGAGACGGUCAACCUGGUGGAUGAAAACACCAUCGGCAUCGCCCUGAUUCUCGGUACGACGUAUACGGGAGAAUACGAGGACGUCAAGGCGGUCAACGAUCUGCUGACCAAGAAGGGCCUCAACACACCAAUCCAUGUGGAUGCCGCCAGCGGUGGCUUCGUGGCGCCCUUCGUCGUCCCGGACCUCGAGUGGGACUUCAGACUGGAUAACGUAGUUUCGAUUAAUGUCUCUGGGCACAAGUACGGCCUCGUCUACCCCGGUGUUGGCUGGGUUGUCUGGCGCAGUGCGGAAUAUCUUCCGCAGGAGCUGGUCUUCAACAUCAACUACCUGGGUGCCGAUCAGGCUUCCUUCACGCUGAACUUCAGCAAAGGCGCCAGCCAGGUGAUUGGCCAGUACUACCAGCUCAUCCGGCUCGGCAAGAAGGGCUACAGAGCCAUCAUGAGCAACCUGACACGUACGGCCGACUAUCUCUCCGACUCGCUCGAGGCGCUCGGCUUCAUCAUCAUGUCCAAGAAGUCGGGUGAGGGCCUCCCGCUCGUGGCCUUCCGCUUGCCUCCCGACGAGGACCGCAAGUACGAUGAAUUCGCCUUAGCGCAUGCGCUUCGGGUCAGAGGCUGGGUGGUGCCUGCCUAUACGAUGGCCCCGCACACGAAUCAGAUGAAGAUGCUGCGCGUCGUAGUCCGCGAAGACUUCACCAAGAACCGAUGCGAUGCCCUGAUUAAUGACAUCAAGUCGAGCCAGAAGCUGCUCCAAGAGAUGGACCGGGACAGCAUCAAGAAGCAGCAGGACUUCAUCCACAAGCACCACACGGCCGGCGGCAAGGCAACCCACAACCACCCCAAGUACCGGGUAAGGUCCUGUGCAGCUGCUUCUUCCCCUCCUCGUGUGUGACAAAUCGCCCAUACUGACCGCUUGCUGCAGAGGGAAAAACACUCGCUCCAAGGGAAAACCGGCAAGACUCACGGUGUCUGCUAAGGUGCGACACCAAAGGCAGACAAGCGUCGAGCUUCC